UAUGUCAGUUUUUAGUAUGUGUGACUGCAUGUCCAUUUAUCCUAUAGCUUUCUUCUCUAGCUGCUUAGUGCGAGACUGAUGCAGUGAGCCAUUGAGCAGAAGCAGUGAAUAAAAGAUGGAUAGAGAGAGAGUGAGAGAGGCUGUCAGGGGUUUCUUGAAUGACAGAUAUUUUCACCUGCAAAAACAAGAGUGUUGAAGCCCUGCUGCUCUGGUUCAGACCGAGUAAAAAAGAUUCCGUCUUUGAUGGUAUGUGAAAUGCUAUCAUUGCCUUCCCUUGUUAAGUGACGAUUAAUCUGUUGAUUACUUUCUCAAUUAAUGAAGUGCUUGUUUGGUUUAUAAAAUGUCAGAAAUUCACAUUUAAGAAGCUAAAAUAAUCCUUGUUUUAAUUAUUAAAAAAAAAUGCUCAAACCAAUUAAUCGAUUAUCAAAAUAGUCGACAAUUCAUUUAGUAAUUGAAUUAUAAUUGAAUGAUUGUUGCAGCCCCUACUUUUCAUGUGCACACUAUUCUCCUUUUUUUCUUAUGGAUCUCCACUACAUGCACACAUGUACGCGCACACUUUUUUGUGUUUGCUGUUCUUAAUAUGGACACAAGUAAUUCUUAAAAGGCAGAAGCAGUGUGAAGAAUUUGUUAUUGAAGUUCUCACAUUAAGCCAUUGUGUCUCAGAAAGAAGAUUCUGUCAUUUUAUCAUCCACAUGAAGGUUGCUGGAUUAUAUAUUUCACCUUUUGGAAAAACACGAGAUAAUGUAAUUCCUGUUAAUGGCUAAACAAUUUGAGAAAGACAAACAUAUGUGGUCUCGUGGAAAUAUAAUGUGACCUUAUAGCUUAAAUGGACAAACAAUAAUUAAGCAGUUUUCACAGUGAAGCCUUUAGGGAGGGGGGAGAGGGAAACACGGUGAUUGUGAAAGGGAAUCAUCCAGUCUUCCUUUUUAACCAAUCUUUUGACAGGGGGUGGACUUUGUUUUUCCUCAAAGGCAGGUCAAAAGCUUAGUGAAAUAAUUACCCAAGUCACCAGUUUAUACAUCACUUAGGAAGAAGAAGGACAGGCAGAGUAGGGAAGUGGAGAAGAGAUGAGAUGAGGAGGAAAGACAGAAAGAAACAUCAGAACAAACAAGGGAUUGAAGAGAACAAAUCUUACAGCUAGGUAAAGACAAGCUUUGGGUUUUUCCAAUAUUUUUCAAUACGACAGCUUUUGUAAAAUAGUGUUGCAGCAGCUGCUGUGAUGUGGACGGAAACCAAAACAGAGAUGAAGGAGGUCGGCAGGAGUCGUGCCAGCCUUGGUCACCGUGUAUUAAACACUCUGCUGCUAUGUACUGGGGACAUGGAGCAUCUAAAUAAGUACAUGCAAGACAAGUCAUUUGUGCUGCAGCUGGCUGUGUGGGGCCUCAGAGGGGUGACCAGGGUGAUUCUAGCCAAUAACCCGCUGAGUGGUGCUCUCAUUAUGGCAGCACUGUACUGGGCUUCCCCCUGGCAGGGCCUGCUGGGAACUGUUGGUACACUGGUCUCAACGCUUACAGCUGUUAUCAUGGGACAAGACAGAGCCGAGGUUUCAGGAGGUCACCAUGGUUUUAACGGCAUGUUGGUGUCUCUGCUGAUGGGAGUGUUUAGCUCAGCUGGAGACUGGUACUGGUGGCUGCUGUUGCCCGUCUGCUUUGGCUCAGCGACCUGUGUCUUUCUCUUCAGUGGUCUGUCCUCGCUGAUGGUCCACUGGGACUUGCCUGUGGCUGUGUUUCCCUUCAACAUCAUCAUCAUCCUUUACCUUCUUUGUACGGGCCCAGACAAUCCAUAUUUUCCACACCACAGAAUUGUGCCACCAGGGGCACUGGAUCCUAAUGGCACAGACAUCAUUGCAUUAGAGAUGGUGCGUGGUGUCCCUCUCGGUGUUGGUCAGAUCUUUGCCUGUGGAGCAAUGGGACCAUCCCUCCUCAUCCUUGGAGCUCUUGUGCUCUACUCUCCACUGCUGGCUGCUCAUGCUCUGCUGGGGUCAGCAGUUGGCACACUGGCUGGUUUAUCCAUGGCGGUGCAUCAUGGUUACUUGUACACAGGUCUGUCUGGUUUUAAUGGAGCUUUGGGCUGUAUGGCUGUUGGAGGACUCUUCUUCACCUUCAGUUGGAGGACACACCUCUUUGCUAUUGCCAGUGCCUUCCUCUCUGCAUAUGCUGACAUUGCUCUGGGAAACCUGCUGGGAACUGUGGGAAUCCCAGCAUGCAGUUGGGCUGCUACUCUAACAGCCACACUAAUGUUGAUGCUGACCGGCAGUUUAGCUGAAAACCGUAUCCCAACCGGUCAAGUUAUGGCUCCUGAACACAACCUGCACUCUCGUAGCCAGUGGGCAGCUGCGGAGAUCACAGACAGAGAAAGCACUGCGUAGUGUGAGGACACACAAACGCACACUACACGUUUCACAAAUUUACAUUCACUUCCUGGAGACUUAAUAUACCUGUUACUUCUUAGCUCAACUACAGUACAUACAUAUUUUUAAUCUAUAAUGUUUUCUAAAUAGAUUUUUAGACUUUUAGUGAUUUUUAGUUGACAUCAACUACAGACCUUAUACCAAAAAUGUGUUCCUAGUUUUGGUAAAUUGACUAUUUUGAGUUAAUGGUCUCAUCCCUAGUUUCAGGUCUUCUCUAAUAGCACAUGAUGUUGAUAGUGUAAAUAAGAUUUCCAUUUAGAGAAAAAUAGGUGAUAAGGCACAGCACAUAUGAGAAGACACCAGUGUGAAUGACAGCUGGUAUCAUCCAAAAGGUGCCUGGUUGCAGGUGGCACUGGCCAAAUGCACAUUCACGUGAUGUCAACAUUUUAGUGAUGACCACGGACACAAGGUGACAGUGUAGCAUGGGCAAGAUUAAAAUGCUACUAAUAUCUUUGAAAACAAAGCAGUUUCUAUUUUGUGCUUAGUGUAAUCUGGUUUUAUCUAUUAUAGCUUGCGUCUCUGCAUCCAUUUGCCCGCAUAAUGAAAAACAACAAAAGCAAACAAUCAAGUUAAAGGGAAAAAAAACACAUUUUAAUUUGCAUGAAAUUAACAAAUCAGAUCAAUAAAUCAUCGUAAAUUGUCAAAAUUUUACUAUUAUCAAUAAAAACACGACAAACUCUACAGUUAUUAAUAUGAACCUUUCCAUUAUUCUGCAUAGACAUAACUAAAUAGCACUCGACUGGAACUCACUGUAAAAACAAACAUUUAUCUCAUUGCAGGCAGGCAGUGAGUAAACACAAUCGACAGGUAAUGUGUCUCUGAAAUGGAACAGAGUGUUUGGCUUUUUAAGCCUGGAAUUUGAAGGCAACUCAUUAUAAUGUUAUUAUUAUUAUUAUUAUUAUCAUUAUUAUUAUUAUUAUUAUUGUUAGCCAUCCAUUGUUGAGUCUCUGUUUUCACAGUGCUUCACGUUGCCUGUGUGUCAAGAUAAUAGUUAUUCCCCUUCACCAAACACACAUCUUUAAAUGAGACUGUAACUCGUGUGGUGUACGACCUUCAAACAAUGACAUCUUUUCUAAAAUUAUUCUUUACAUCAUGCAUUUCUAUCUCAGUGCUUUACGUUAUUUUUUUUUAUCAACACAAUUCUCAUUUCUGGGACUAUAAUCUUACAAUGAAGAACUUCACAGACAAUGGUGAUGAGUUUGGUAACGAGAAGAGACAUACAAAAGUGACUUUCAGUCUGGGAUUGAUCAAGCAAUAGAAAUUAAAAAAAAAUCGAAAGUAGAAGUAGAAAUACUUGCCCAAAUUGAAGUUGUGUUGCUUUUAAGCUGCAUUACAAAAACAUUCAUAUUUUUCUUUUUCUUUUACAUACUUUCAGUUGAAGAUCUGAUUGUGAGUGCUAUUGUGCUUCUUUUGUCGUGACGGUGUUUGUUUGUGUGUGUGCGCUUGUGUUCAUUAUGGUAUGGAAUAAAGGCAGAAUGACAUGGC